CGUAAGAGUGUAUACAACCGCCGAACAGGGAGGACGUGCGCCGUGCGAUAGAUUUUGUCUGGUGUUCAGAAGAAAAAAUAAAAAAACAAAUAAGACAAAUAGAGUAAUUGUAAAUUCAGUUCUGUGAUACAAAUUCAAAGUCAAACUUGAUCCUGUUCUAUUCGGUGGAGUGGUGUUGUUGUAAAACAAAAAAAAAAAACAAAAUAGAAACAGAGCAAGAAAAUAUUAAUCGUCCAACAAAAAAUAAAUAAUAAUAUUCGUGAGAUUCGUCGAUAUUUACCAAAGUGUUGGGCGUUCGUGUGUGUGACAUUUUAAGCCAAAUCCAUUACAAUUGUGCAAUUACAGUUCUCCUGGCCAAGAAAACAUCCAGAAGAUAUCCUGGCAAAUCAAAAAAUUAUCUCAGUUUUUUAACAGCUCUACACCUUGAGAUUUUUAACGCAAUGUCGAAUCCAGCGAAACACAAAAAAUAUAAAUAACUUCACACAAAAGAAAAACAAGUCAAACAAAAGCACCAGAAGAACGCUAACAGACCACUCGAUUUAAGCCAACUUGAUUUAGCAACAGAAACAACAAAAACAGCUGACAACUAAAACGGCUUUGGAGUUGUAGCAGCACUGCGAUAAGCUUAAAUUAACAAUUCAUUUUAAGAAAACGAAAAAGAACUCUGACGAUAUUUGAGGUGAAAAGUUGACGAAAAUUCAACGCGGUGCUCAAGUUUUGGAAAGUCUUGCUGGUCAAAGACGCAGAGAAAAACAACAACAAUUAAAAAACCGCAAAACAAAAGAUCUCGGGAAAAGACCAAUGAUCGCCUGCAUGCGCUUACGAAAGCAGCAAAUGAUUCCGACGCUUAUCAUUGUAUAGGGAGCAGCGACAACUGGGUUGGCACACAUAUCACAUCAAAAUCAUCAAAACAGUGAAAAAAGGAGGAAAGAGCCGAAAGUCGCUGGCAAAUUGCACUACAACAGUUCGCUGAAAAUGGAUACACGCGAAGUGUUACUUCUACUGGUGUGUUUAUCCUUGCAGAGUGACAUACGUUCAUCCUACACAGCAAGUAGGUCCCAAAUGGUGUACGCAAUGUCGACCGCUAACCAGGAACUGGAACGAUAUUUCCGAUCAGUAAACACCACCCAAACUAUGGCUGCCGAAGAACGCAUAGCCGUAGACAUCUACACAUAUGCCUUCCUCAACUACAGCUACGUAGAUAGCCAUGUCAAGUUCAGCGAGGAGAAAGCCCGCUACGGCGAAGGUAGGAUCCUUAAUGUGCACGGCAAGCUGGUGCAUAUCAGCGACGCUGAAGACAUAAAAGACGACACUGCCUGCUCCAGCAAUAUUCUGGGCACCAAUGGCCAGCCAACGCCAGCUGAGGGCAUUUCGUGGAUCGCCUUAGUCCGUCGCGGUCGUUGCACUUUCGAGGAGAAGGUGAAAAAUGUCUACAACAAAAGGGCAUCAGGGAUCAUCAUUUACAACGACAAGCCCGUCAUGAACUUGGAAAAGAUGCAAAUCAAGGACAAAUCGCGUAAUAUAACCGCUGUGAUAACUUAUCAAGACAUUGGCCAAGAUAUGGCCAUGAGAUUGGAUCAGGGUCUGGAUGUCACAGCUCACAUUAUUGAAGGCAGGAGCGGAAUGAGACCCAUAAACAGUCUCAACAGAACAUCUGUCCUCUUCGUGGCGAUAUCCUUUAUUAUUCUCAUGGUCAUAUCUCUGGUCUGGCUAAUUUUUUAUUAUAUACAAAAAUUCAGAUACAUGCAGUCCAAAGAUCAACAGUCCCGCCAUCUUUGCUCCGUUACCAAGAAGGCCAUUAUGAAGAUACCCACAAAGACUGGCAAGAGUACUGAUGAAAAAGACGCCGAGUCAGACUGCUGUGCCAUAUGCAUCGAGGCGUACAAAGCUUCGGAUCUCAUACGUGUCCUGCCCUGCAAGCACGAAUUCCACAAAAACUGCAUUGAUCCAUGGCUAAUAGAACAUCGUACAUGUCCAAUGUGCAAACUAGACGUUCUCAAAUUCUACGGUUAUGUGUUUUUGGGCAGCGAGGAAAGCAUUCUUGAAUAUGAACCAGAUCCAAUAGUGAAUAACAACUCUAGCCUAAAUGUUCCCGGCAACACGAACCAAAGGCAAAAUGGGGCUUUGGCUGAUUUAAUCAGAAGCCGUGACUUUGUUAUAGAUUUCCCCAGAAUAUUCGUUUUAGAGGCUGGCAGCAGUACCGGCCGGAGAGAUUCAAUGUUAAACCAAGAUCUGCCCGAAAGAUCUCAGUCAUCAAUAGGGUUUCCUCAAGCCAAAGAUUGGGUGUAUUCUGUGGCCAACAAACUGGAGGAGCAGCAUGGCUUGAGGAGAGCCCGCAAAUCAAGCCAAAGAACAGAAAUGCAAGAGAAUCUGUUAAUGGUGCGCUACGAUUCGGUUCGAACUAGACGUUCUCGCUCGGCAGAAGGCCGCUAUUUCUUGCGGCCGCAAGAAAGUGACAAGGUCACCGAUUCCGAAGGAGCCUGUGGUGGCUGUGAUGAUAUACCAUCCCUGAGUACUAGCCGUCGCAAUAGCAGCACUUCUACUAUUAUGGUACAACCUACCCCAUCCCAACUAAAAUCUGACCUACUCAAUAGUCGCAUCAAGUCGAGAAUAAGUCGACGAGGAAGUGUCAACGUUGCAGACAGCAUCAAACCACAGUCGACUUCUUUGCAGACAGGAAGCUGCCUGGACUCGCCAUCAAACAACAAUAUCAAAAUACAAAUAAAUGAUGACGACAGUUCCACUAUGGACCUGCAGUGAAAAACGGAGCUGUGGAAGGACGAUGGAAAGAUCUCGCGAUGUAUAUUGAAUUUGAAAAUCGAAGAAAUUGUGUGUUUAUCAGUUGCAGUCUCUCAUCUGAAGUUUGGCUGUUGAGUUUAGUCCUUAUCAGCGUACAUAUUAAGAAUAUUAACCAAUCCAUACACGCCUAUGUGCAAUCAAUAAAUGAAGUAUAUGUUACCUGUUUUUAAUUAUGAAAUUAUUAUGGUACUUAUGUGUAAUUUCUUCACUCCUCUCGCGUAAAUAUUUAUGUUCCAAGGCGUGGAUAUUUAAGUUGCAACUAUUGACAACGAGGCCAAGAAAUCCUUAAAUAAAAUAAAAAUGUCGAUAUUGAUAUUGAGUCCACUUCCAUUUUUUCCUAGUGAAAUUGGUUGCUGGAAAGUUUUCAAAAUACCGUAAACUCGAUGUUUUCUGGAUGUGCCGAACGGCAAUAGAAAAAUGUGAACCUAUAUGUAGACAAUGAAUUGCCAAAGGAGGAGGUACUGUUCCGUUAUAAAAUUUGGCUAAAAUCGUAAAAAUACCGAAUAUGGGGACAUGUUCCAACUUAUCCUGCCCACUGACAAUACAGGGUUGCCCAUAUUCGACGGACCCAUCUGGCAACACCAUAACUUUUGACAGAGAUGUCACAUCGCUUAAUGACAUACCGCGUUUAAAGCGCCAGUCCAAGCAGAUCACCAUGAACCAAUACACGCCACGCGAACGCUCUGAAAUAGUUAAAAUUUACGUUCAACAGAAGAAGUCAAUUGUGAAAACUCAACGUGCUUUUAAAAUAUUUAAAAA